AUGGCCACUGAAGCGAAGCGUCUGAAGAUUGUUGAACAUGCAGAAGUUCGUCUCAACACAUUUCUCACAUGGUGUAAAGACGUCGGGUUGGAGCUCAGCGUGAAGGUUUGCGUGGGUCAUGAGAACACUGUGGCAGAGUAUGGGAUGUUGGCCAAAGAAGAUAUUGAGGAAGGAGAGGUGUUAUUUACUGUGCCCAGAAAAGCUAUUCUUCUUCAGGAGUCAUCAAAGGUCGCUGGUGUACUAGCCCAAGAGGAAAAUGCCUUAGAGAGUGCCUCAAACUGGGUCCCUCUGCUCCUGGCUUUACUCCAUGAGUAUACUUCACCUCAGUCAUACUGGAGGCCUUACCUCUCUCUGUGGGAUGACUUCAGAAAACUGGACCAUCCAAUGUUUUGGCCUAAAGAUGAGAGAGAUGCACUCUUGAAGGGAACAGGAAUUCCCGAAGCAGUGAACACAGAUUUGGAUAAAAUUCAUAAAGAAUAUUCAGAUGUUGUUCUCCCUUUGAUCACAAAAUACUCUGAAUACUGGACCCCUAACAUACACACCCUGGAUCUUUAUACAAAUCUUGUGGCCUUUGUCAUGGCAUACAGUUUCCAAGAACCCAAUGAAGAGGAGGAUGAUGAUGAUGAUGAUGAUGAUGAAGAUGAUGAAGAUAAAGCCCCUAAUCCUCCAAUGAUGGUACCCAUGGCUGAUAUGCUAAACCACAUUGCAAAUCACAAUGCUAAUCUGGAAUUCACACCCGAUAGUUUAAAGAUGGUUAGCAUACGACCAAUUCGUAAAGGUGACGAGGUUUUUAACACGUACGGACAGAUGGCAAACUGGCAAUUAUUGCAUAUGUAUGGAUUCACGGAGCCUUUUCCAAGCAACAGCAAUGACACAGUAGACAUCAAAGUCAGCGACUUCUACAUGGCAGCAAAAGGUAUCAAAUCACAUGUCGAGUUGCCACUUUUGGAAGAAAAGUUUAAAAUACUGAAUCAAAUGGAAGGAAAUGAAGUGAUAAUUUUUGGGGUGCAGGGAUGUCUCACAGAUGCCACCCUUAAUACAGUAUUGAAGGUGUUUUGUAUGUCACAGGACGAGUUCUUGGAUUUUAAAGAAAAUGAAGGGUGGGAAGAAGAUGAUGAUGGAGACCUUGCCUCGACUUUCUCAGAGGAGGGAGUGCUCAAAUUAAAGCCCAUUUGGAAAAGGCUCAUUCAUGGAGCAACCAGACUGACUUUAUGCGGUUAUAUGGACGCCAAUGAAGUGUUGGAUGGAAAAGAUCCUGAUAAGGUGCUGAUUGAAGACAAAGAAGCCUCUGCAAAGUUGAGCUGCAGGCAGCAGAGGGCCUUACAUGUGCGAUAUGGACAGAAGAGCAUUUUGUAUAAGCUCUUACAACUUACAAAUUAA